GAAUCAUUAAUUAAAUUGUAUUUUUUUUUUUUUUAAACUUGUUUUUCCAAAAAAUUUUAAUUGUUUAGUAUCAAUUUAUACCUAAUUAGUGUUUAAAGGUAUUAAUCAUGUAUUUAAAAAAUACUUUAAUUAUCUAUUCCACUCAAAUUACAUAUUGUUAUUUAUAUAGGUAUUACAUAAUUAAUGAUAUAAUGCAAAUUCAUUUUGUUAAUUCCAGAAACAUAUAUAUACCUAUAUAUAUCAAAUUUAAAAAAAUAAUAGGUAUAAUGGAAACUGGAAGUAUUGAUGUUUUAAAAUAUUUUUUGUAUGUUUUUAAUGCUGUAUUUGGGGUAAAUUAAUAAUUUAAAAUGCUAUUAAAAUUAUAUAAUAUUUAUAGAAUGUAAUAUUGUUUAAUUUUUAGAUCACUGGAGUAGCUUUAAUAAUAAUUGGCAUCAUAGUUAUUGCAGAUUUGGGACGUUUUUCAAAUUAUUUAAGUAGCUCGAUUACAGCACCACCAAUAUUACUGAUUAUUUUGGGCAUAUUUAUAAUAUUUAUAAGUAUAUAUGGAUUUUAUUGUAUUAACAAACAAAACCUAAACUUCUUAAUAGUGGUAUAUUGCUUUUGUUUUAAUAUAUUAUAUAAAUAUUUAUUUGUAAUCAUUUUAGUUAUCUACCUAACAAUGAUCAUAUUAUAAAAUAAUUUUUAUUAUUGAUUUUACAGUUUAUAAUAAUUUUAUUAUUGGUCCUGGUAGUAGAAAUACUUCUAGCUAUUAUGUCUUCAAUAUCUAAAGAAAAUUUUAAUAACGAUUUGAGAUUUUCUCUUAAAAAUUCUAUGGGAAAGUACUCUUUUGAAGAAACUGAUCGUCAAUCAUGGGCUUCAAUUCAACGAAAAGUUUGUUAAUUUAAAAAAAAAAACAUUUUCGGAUCAAUAAUUUUUAAUUUAAAUUUAUAACAGUUAGAAUGCUGUGGUGUUGAUACACCAAAAGAUUGGUCAAUUAUAUUUCCAGAGAAUCAAGUUCCAGUGUCAUGUUGUCAAAAUUUACCAGUUGAAUCAGGAGCGUUAUGCAGAAACUUAUUUGACGAACGAAUAAUAUACCAAAAAGGAUGUUAUAGUUUAUUAAAUAAUAGAGUGCAAAGAAGUUUAACUUUUAUAAUGUAUGUUGCAUCGGCAUUUUCUCUUCUUCAGGUAAAUAUUUUAUGUAUUCAUAAAUACAUUUUACAAAUACCAUUCAAUUGUUAUUAAAGUAUAUUCUUUGUAAAUUUUAAUUAAAACUUACCUAUUUAAAUUAAUUCGGUAAUGUUUUAUAAUAACAUAAUAUUAUACACAAAUAAGUUAUAAUUAGGUGCAGUGGCGUCAAGUGAUAUCAAUAUAACUCAUACUAUUAUUUGGCAUAAUUUCAGAAGAUUAGUAAGCUAUUUCACUCAUAAAAUUAAUUUUUAGCUUAAUUUGAAUCAUUCCUAUAUGAAAUUUUUGGUAGAUAUACUCCCAACACUAAGAAAAAUUAAAAAAAAAAAAUUUGAUUCUACCAAUUUCAAACACGUAUAUAUUGCUGUUCGAAGUUACCCCUCAUUUGUUAUAACUUCAGAAACCUAUUUAUUUACGUUUUAUUCAUAUGAAAGAACGAAUUUAAAAAAAUGAAAGAGUAGGUACAGACACCAUAGUUUUUGAAAAAUAUAUUUUCUAAAAAAAAAAAAAAAUUGAAUAUCAAUAUAUUAUACGAUUUAUGGCAAUUAUAACAAAAUAAGAAUAUUUAUCUUUAAUAUAAACAUAAAAACAGAAUAUUAAAAUAAAAAACAUUGAUUGAAAAUCAAUAACAAGCAUAAUAAAAAAUUAAUGUUUAAUGUUUGACUGUUGGACAUUCUAAAUUUCUAUUUUUGUAAAUUGUAACGCCGUAAAUUAAUCAGUUUUCAUUUUACAUUUUUAAAAAAAUUUUUUGUCAGAAAAUGUUACUUAUAAUUUGCCAAAAAAAAAGCAAGUAGAACUAUAAUUUAAUUUUUUUAUUACAGAAAUAGCUUUAAAAGCGUUUGAAGCUAUAUCUUUAUAUGGAGUAUUUUUCACUGAGCUCAGAAUCUAAAAUUUUUAAUUUAAAACAUAUUGGCACCUUAUUCCUAUAGAUUCAGCCUACUAAAUCUGAUUUUAAAUUUGACGCUAUACAUAUAUGACAGCUUUUUUUUCGUGUUUAAACUGACAGCAUUGCCUUCAUUUAUUGAAAAUUACAACUAAAACCUAUAUUUAUUUUAGAUCCUGUUUCCCCUAAACGAGAUAGACUAACACAUUAUUUAGAUAACUAACAAAUUAUACAACAGAGUAAAAGUAAUCCUGUCUUACAUAACUAACUUAACGCUACUGCAGUUGCCCAUGCUAUGAUUCUUCUGGUGGUCCGGUUUGAGAACCCCAUAGUUUCAAGGCUCGUGCUGCCCUUUCUAUUAACUACCCGGUUUACAGAAUAUCAGAACCUGCCAGAUUGGAAUUAUAUAAGAUACCUAGCCUUCGCUACUACACAAUUCUACCCAAAUUAUUAUUAUAAUAUAAUAUAUUAUUGAUAAAUAUGUAAAUUACUUAAAUUCUUAUGUUUAAAAAAAAAAAUACUUAUAGAAUUAUUAUUAUAAAUAUAAAUUUAAUAUUUUUCAGGUUGUUGGUGUUAUAUUAUCUAUAUUUUAUACUUAUCUAUUAAAAAAUCGUCAGAACAGCAAGUAAGAUAAUUAUAGUUUUAUUUGAUAUGAGGAGAUGUAAAAUUGCUGUAUAUAUUCAUCAUGCCACUUGUAUAUUAAAUCACUAGGUAGGUGUAUAUAUUAUAUACCUGUGUCUGAUAUCGAUAUUAUACACAUUAAUAAUAAAUGCCUACCUUUACAUAAUAUACUGGAUAAUUAACUUAUCAUAAACCAGUGAUUGUCUUAAAACAUUUUAAGUAAAUUGAUUACUCCUUCUCUUAAGCUACCUUUCAUGUACUCAUUUCUUAUCCUAUGGAUCUUGUGAAUCUAUUCAUCCACCUAAACAUUUUCAUAUUUGCUAAAUUCAUUUUCUGUUCUAUUUGCUGUUUAUAGUUUAACUCUCCGAACCAUACAAACAUACAAGUGUCUCACCACAUUUUGAAAAUCUUAAGCUUUAAGUCUCAUUGGAAUGCUCUUCUCUUCAUUUUAUUCAACUACAUUUAAUCCUAUAUUUCACAUCCUCGUCAAAGGGUUAAUAAAACGUCGAGUUCUUUUGUACAAAAUACUCUCAACGUCACUGCUUGUCAUUAACUAUCUUGUCCUGUUCCUUCAAACUCAUACGCUAUUUACUCUGUUUUAAUCCUACUUAUCCUUAAUCUUUUUCCUUCAAGUGUUAUUCUCCAUUUAUUAAGUCUAUUGGUAACUUUUAUCCAGAUUUUUCUUAUAUCAUUAGAAAACAUCAUGCACCAUGGUACCUCCUCUCAUCUGUUGUAUCUGCCCAAAUCCUAGAUGGGAAAAUCCACAAAAAUCUUCUUUAGAAUGCUUUAUACUUUUUGACAGAACCGUGCAUAAAAAUUAUUAUUUUAUUGUCAAAAUUAUUGUUACAUUUUAGUAACCUUAUGGGUUACUACUGAUGUAAAGCCCCUGUGGAUGAUUACAGUAAGCAUAUUGUAUUGUUUCUGUAAGGUGGAGAAAUUCAUCUUAUAGUUGACAAUACCAUUCUCCCUGUGAGAGGGAUCAGAAUACUUGUGAGAACCCCAUACUUGUAUGAGUUUACAAAUGGGGUUGCGAGAAUUAAUUACUUCUGUAAUUAAUUACUGAAUUCUUUUCAAAUGUUAGAGAAUGGUAUAACGUUUUAGCUUUAUUUUAAAAUUACUUUGUUUUUUUACCCUUGCUACUUAUAAGUAUUAAGGACCUUUUAGUACUGGAUUAACAAAUAUUCUACUUGGGGGAAGUUUUUAAACUCUCACCCUUUGCAACCAUUGCACACAUCAUAAAGACAUAAAUUAUAUGAAAAACAACACUGUUCAAAUUGUAUUAUUAAAAUACAUAUAUAAUAUAAUAAAAUAGAAAAUACAUCAUAAUAUUUUAUGUGUACAAAUUUACAAUUUUGUUAAUAGCCUUAUGUGCAGCAAACUCUUUGUUAGUAUUAUUCAAAUCUAUAUCUUGUAACACAUUAUUCUCAAUACACAUUAGAGCCAAAGAUGGUAUCUUUCCAUAUGUUAAUGAUGUUCUCUGAUAGUUUUACACUCUUUUUUAGACUGAGCAGGAUCUCUCCCCAUUAGCAUUGAUGUAUGGUAUAGUUACAAAAAGUUUUAAAGCUUUUGCCACAUUAGGAAAUGAAUAAUUUAACUUGGAUGUUAAUAAUGUUUUAAGUAAACUAAGCAUAAAUAAUUUUUCUUUUUCUGUAAAUGUUUAAUUUAUUUUUUAGAUUGAAUAAACUUAUUCUCGAAGUCAGGUUCUGAACCUUUAUAACAAAUAGCUACUAAUUGUUUUGAAUUUUCGCGUAAAACGUCAUUGCCAAAUUCCUCCACAUUAGACAAAAAAAAAAAAUCCAUGCAUUUAUCUGACUGUAUGCCAUUUUUCUUACAUUUAAGCAUACAAUAAUUAUGUAACAAAUUGAUAAAAAGGAAGGACAUACUUCAAACGUGGGUGCAGUCGCUGUUGUAGGUUGAAAGUUGGGAAGGUAGGAUUCAGAAGGAAAUUUAAAGUAUAUCUGUAAGCAACGAUAAACCAUUGUUAGAAAAAACGAUUCUGAGCGAAGUUGAUAGUUUUGCUUUGUCAACAAUACAAUAUGUGUUUCCAUGACAACAAUGAUUGUUUAAAAAAGAUUACAAUUAAAAAAAUAUUGAUAACAAAAAAUAAAUAGAAAACGGUCGCCAAUGAUAACCUUAAUUUUAAUAUUUCAAUCUUUUAGAUUCUAAGUGGACCGAGGAAUUCCUCGUUGGUUUUAUAAUGAUGUUCAUUUUCUUUUUUUUUAUGUGAACACUUUUUAUGCCAAAAAGCUUACUCCGAUUUUGAAGUACAGUACUUUUUAUUUCAGAAAAGGUUCUCUGGGCGGUACUUUAAACAGGUCAUUUUUUGAAAUUCUCAUUAAUAUUAAAGAUAAUGAGGAAAACAUCGGUUUUUAGGUUUAAAAAGAUUGAAAGGUUAAAAAUAAUGUUGUCAUUGGCUUCCGUUUUUAUUUAUUUUUUGUUAUUAAGUUUUUUUAUUUUAAUCUAUUUUAAACAAUCAUUGUUGUCAUGGAAACGCAUAAUGUUAUCAUUUUACCAUAAUAUGAUAUAUACCAUAUAUUUUACUGUUGAAAAAUUAACAUUAUCAACUAAAAUCCGGUCGGAAUUGUUUUUUCGUUAGCCUUCGUCUAUUGGUUUAUCAUUACUUACAGAUAUACAUGAAAUUCUCGUCUGUAUCCUAUCUUACCGACUUCCCACCUACAACAGUGGCUGCACCCACGUGGGAAAUAUGUCGGUCAUGUUUUAACCUCAGUAAUUUCAGAGAUCAUUUUUUGAUUUUCCCAGGAGUUUUCAUAAUAUAUAGGAAAAAAUGGACAAAUUUACCAAAUGCGUCAUUUUCAAGUCAUAAAUAUUACGGACUUUAAAAAUAUGUAAAACUGCACUAUGCUCAGAAUUGUUUUUCGAUAAAGAAAACAUAAAUUGUUCCGUUGUAAACAUACAUUAAAUUACUCUUAAUAACCUACUUUAACAACUUUUCACCUACAGUGACUUAAUAGUGGCCCACUGUUCAUGUCUUACACUAAUUUUUUGAUCCAAACUCAAAGCUAUAUUUUUCAAUGUACUUAACACUCCUUUAAACCCAUUUCUAAAUUCUUACAAACAAUAUAUCUUAAUGACAAUUUAGUAGGUCAAAAGGUUUUCUUUAAAAGUUAACCUAAUGAUAUUUAUAAAAACUUGCUAAAAGUUGUUCCAUCCUUAUGUAGAUACAGAAAAUACAUGAUAAUGCAAACAUAAAUGUUUUGAGCAGGUGAAAAAAAAUGAUAACCUUCCUUAGUUACAUCAGCAGCAUUUUAAUGAGAGUUUAAAAAUAAAAGAAUCACCCACGAUAUAGUACAAUAACCUUAGGAGGAACUAAGUAUUAAUUGCCACGGGAUUUGUGAACCCGGGAUCCUGAGUUAUGGGUUGAUUAUAAUAAGAUGGCCCAAACUGGAUCUCCAGGUUUGGGGAUUAAGCCAUGGAAUAACAAUCCAACAAUGUAAAAAAUCAUUUUAUUACACUCAAAAUUUAAAAGACAAACAUACUUCACACAAUGGGUGGGCCACCGUUGUAAGUGAGAAGUUGGCAAGCUAGAGGGGAAAUUUAAUGUUUAUCUGUAAGCAACGAUUAAGCAUUGUUAUAGAAAAUCGAUUCUGAGUGGAGUUUGCUUAAUAGUGUUGUCUUGUCAAUAAUAUUUAUUUCAUAUUAUGGUAGAGUAAGUGCAUAUUCAUUAUAUAUUUUCUUUAAUAAUGUUUGUUUAAUAUUGUACCUAUUUUCCUAUUUUCCCCAUUUAUUAUGAAAACUACUGGAAAAAUCAAAAAUAACCUUUCUAAAGUACCAUCACAGUUAGAUUUCCUUUCAGAAAAAUGUUUAUUAUUAUAAACCAGAGCAAAAUUGCUGAUGGAAAAGUUGUUCACAGAAAAAAAAAUAAUAAUAAAACAAUAAACAUUGGUUGUAAAACCAAUAAAUUCCUCGGUUUGCUCAGAAUCUAAAAUAAUUAUUUUAAUUUAUAACAAUUUUUAUUAUUUUAAAUUAUUAAUAAUGAUAAUUUGUGUUUUUGUUUUAGAAAUUUGCAUACAAUUGAAGCCAGAUGACAGCAGAAUGAUUUAAUUGAUAUGAAUUAUUUUGAUACAACCUACAGCCAAAAUACAUUUUCACAACAACAAAACACAUUAAACCGUAGAGAUCAAUUAAAAAAUAUAUUAGAAGCAUUAAAUAAACAAAAUAAAAUAAUUCAUCAUUAAUGUUCAUCUCAAUCAAUCACAUUAUUAAAUAGUUUGCAGAAUUUAUACCAUGUAACUAUCAAGGAAAUAGAUACUUUAUGGAAAUCUCUAUCAUAAAUAUCUACUUAACACUAUAAAAUAUCUACAUUGCACAAGUUUGUGUUUAUUGGAAAUUAAUAUCUAAGCAAUUAAAAUGGAUUCCAUAUUAUUAUUUUUGAAUAAUUGUAAAUAAUAUUGAAUGUAUUUGAACUCUGUUUAUUAUUUUAUAAUACUAGUGUCAAAUAAACAUACACAUAUUUAUUAAUUAACCACC